AUGGACCCUACCGUACUCAUAGUGGUUGGUAUGGCCGGCUCUGGAAAGACCACAUUUACGCAGCGUCUCUAUUCCCAUGCGUCAUACAUACAGAAGAGAACACCGUUUGUUAUUAAUCUAGAUCCUGCCGUUUUGGAAGUGCCCUUUCCUUGUGACGUUGACAUCAGAGAUACGCUCGAAUAUAAGGAUGUAAUGGAGAGUGCCCGUUUUGAUCUUGUUCUUGAGCAGCUGGCUUCCCUGUCCACUGCUUCUACUCAGGUAGAGAAAAACAAUCCGAUCAAAGGAGACGUGGCGAUUGAGGAACACAAGGCUGUUGAUGGAGGCGAUGCCAUCGAAAAAAAUCACUUUGAAGACGAUGGUAGCGGCUAUGAAAAUCCUCGGCAUGUUUCGUUGGCCAUUGUAGACACGCCUGGACAAAUUGAAGUGUUUACUUGGUCUGCCUCUGGAACUAUUAUUACCGAGUCUAUUGCUGCUAACCACCCCACUGUCCUUGUAUAUGUUGUUGAUACUCCCCGUUGCGUCUCAAAUCCGGCCACUUUUAUGUCCAAUAUGCUCUACGCCUGCUCAAUACUGUACAAAACCCGUCUCCCUCUUUUGGUUGUCCUCAACAAAACAGACGAGCAGUCCGAUGCCCCCAUCCGGGAAUGGAUGUUAGACUAUGAAGCCUUUCAGGAUGCCCUUCGUCAUCCCUCAAAUGUGGAACGGUCCUCGGACUCAUUUAUGAAUUCGAUGCUCCAUUCCAUGAGCUUGGUUCUUGAGGAAUUCUAUUCUACGUUAAAUGUAAUUGGAUUGUCCUCGUAUUCGGGGGAUGGUUUUGACGGGUUUAUGGAUGCCGUGGAUAGAGCUAAAGAGGAGUAUUUUUCUGGAUACCGGAGCAUACUUGAUGCGAGAAAGGCCGAGCAGCAGCUAAUCAAUCGCAUGUCUAAAAAGCGGAAAAUCGAGCAGGCUCUAAAACGCCCUUGGUGUUGGUUUUGCGAGCGGGAUUUUGAUGACGAAAAGGUUCUAAUCCUACAUCAAAAAGCAAAACACUUCAAAUGCCCAACGUGCCACCGUAAGCUGAACACAGCCCAGGGAAUGUUUGUGCAUAUGGCACAGGUGCAUAAAGAGACUAUCACAAAGUUUGGCUUGAAAUCCUUUUUUUAG